ACCCAGGAGCGAAUUCCGGAUAUUGCCCGGAAGUGACGCAUUCACUGAUUGUCAACAUGCAAAAUGGCGACCCUUCACAGGCAGAACGCUGCUGGACGGAGGAAAGUCCAGGUUUCUUAUGUGAUCAGAGAUGAGGUGGAGAAGUACAAUCGUAACGGUGUGAACGCUCUUCAGCUGGAUCCUGCUCUCAACAGACUCUUCACAGCUGGGCGAGACUCCAUCAUCAGGAUAUGGAGUGUCAAUCAACACAAACAGGAUCCUUACAUCGCUUCAAUGGAGCAUCACACGGACUGGGUGAAUGACAUCAUCCUCUGCUGUAAUGGAAAAACAUUGAUAUCAGCCUCCUCGGACACCACCGUGAAAGUCUGGAAUGCACACAAAGGGUUCUGCAUGUCUACGUUACGGACACAUAAGGACUACGUCAAAGCUUUAGCAUAUGCAAAGGACAAGGAGCUGGUGGCCUCUGCUGGGCUGGACAGACAGAUCUUCCUGUGGGAUGUGAACACACUGACCGCUCUGACCGCCUCCAAUAAUACAGUCACCACUUCCUCACUAAGUGGAAACAAGGACUCCAUCUACAGUCUGGCCAUGAAUCAGACAGGAACUGUGAUCAUCUCAGGAUCUACAGAGAAGGUCUUGAGGGUCUGGGAUCCACGAACAUGUGCUAAACUAAUGAAGCUGAAAGGCCACACUGACAACGUCAAAUCAUUACUGUUGAACAGAGACGGCAGUCAGUGUCUCUCCGGUAGCUCGGAUGGCACGAUCCGCUUGUGGUCUCUGGGUCAGCAGCGAUGCAUCGCCACAUACCGGGUCCACGACGAGGGUGUAUGGGCGCUGCAGGUGAACGAGGGCUUUACGCACAUCUACACUGGAGGACGUGACCGAAAAAUCUACUGCACGGAUCUGCGUAACCCUGACUUACGUGUGCUCAUAUGUGAAGAGAAAGCUCCCAUCCUGACGAUGGAGUUGGAUAAAACAGCUGAUCCUCCUCAAGCAAUUUGGGUGUCCACAACUAAAUCGGUUGUAAACAAAUGGUCUCUAAAGGGCAUGCAGAACUUCAGAGCGUCUGGAGACUACGACAACGACUGCAGUGCUCCUUUAACUCCACUGUGUACACAGCCAGAGCAGGUCAUCAAAGGAGGCACCAGCAUUGUUCAGUGUCAUAUUCUCAAUGACAAGAGGCACAUACUCACUAAAGACUCCAAUAACAGUGUGGCAUUCUGGGAUGUCCUCAAGGCAUGUAAGGGGGAAGACCUGGGUAAAGUGGACUUCGAUGAAGAAAUUAAAAAGAGGUUCAAGAUGGUCUAUGUGCCGAACUGGUUUUCUGUAGAUCUCAAGACUGGGAUGCUGACCAUCACGCUGGAUGAAAGUGAUUGUUUUGCGGCGUGGGUCGCAGCUAAAGAUGCUGGUUUUACAAGCCCAGACGGCUCCGAUCCUAAGUUGAAUCUGGGUGGGCUGCUCCUGCAGGCGCUGUUAGAGUUUUGGCCCAGAACUCAUAUAAACCCAGUGGAAGAGGAGGAAAGCGAACUCAACCAUGUGAACGGUGAACAGGAGAAUCGAAUUCAAAAGGGCAACGGCUACUUCCAGGUUCCUCCACACACUCCUGUCAUCUUUGGGGAAGCAGGAGGAAGAACAUUGUUUCGGUUAUUGUGCCGUGAUUCUGGAGGAGAGACGGAGUCCAUGUUACUGAAUGAAACCGUUCCUCAGUGGGUUAUUGAUAUCACCGUAGAUAAAAACAUGCCAAAAUUCAACAAGAUCCCCUUCUACAUCCAACCUCAUUCAUCAUCUGGGGCCAAAACACUCAAAAAGGACCGUCUGUCUGCUAGCGACAUGCUACAGGUCCGGAAAGUGAUGGAGCACGUCUACGAAAAGAUCAUCAACCUCGACACAGAGUCACAGACCACCAGCUCCUCAGCCAAUGACAAACUGGGAGAGCAGGAGAAAGAGGAAGACGUGGCAGUGAUAGCCGAAGAGAAGAUUGAGCUCAUGUGUUUAGAUCAGCUUUUGGAUGCAAACAUGGACCUCAGGACUGUAAAGCAUUUCAUCUGGAAGAGCGGUGGAGACCUGACCCUUCAUUAUCGACAGAAAUCCACAUGAGCCACUGCACCCAGUCACCAUCAACCCACAUCGCUUUGACUUCCAGAAGCAUCCCAGAAUGCCCUGAGGUCUCAUGGUCACCCAGGAGGAAUGUUUUUUUAUCUGUGUAUUGGCUUAAAUGACAGAGCCAGCAGAAAGAUCUGACCGACAGCUGAAGGUUAAAAACUUAAGACUGACUGCAGAUUGCUGCAGUUCUGUGAACUACGACUUCUCCAUCUUAACACGAGUCAUGAUGAUGAUGAUGAUGAAGAUGAGCAUGAGUACUUCCGUUCUCAGUCAUUCCAGAGACUUUCAUCCAGAUCCGAAUCAGUUACUCUUUGAAGCUCCCCAUUUUGCUUUUUUUCCAAGUAAACAAUGUACCUUUUUUUUCUAGAUUGAAUUAUAACAUUUAUUAUAAUUUAUUUGAAGCUACUUGUGUAUCAGAAAUCAAAACUGUCCAACAUGGAACAAGCAGUCAGCGAUGAUGAUUUUAAUUCGUAGAUGCAGUUUACUGUGUAUGUGUGAGACACGUUCUCUCAUCUGUUUGUUAGUUGAUUUCUGUGGAUCAGUGCACAUGACCAUCAUCGUACCACAACUUCUGAGAAAUAUGGCCCUGUUCUUCUCAAAUUACUGACAUUAGGACUUAUUUCUUUUGUGUGAAUAAAAAUGUAAACUCUG